AUGUCCGAGAGUGCUCCGGCCCCCGCUGCCGAGGCAGCGCCCGCCGUCCCGGUCCCUGCAGCUAAGGCUGCCGCCAAGAAGCCGAAGAAGGCGGCAGCCGGCUCCAAAGCCCGCAAGCCCGCGGGGCCCAGCGUCACCGAGCUCAUCACCAAGGCCGUGUCCGCCUCCAAGGAGCGCAAGGGGCUCUCCCUCGCCGCGCUCAAGAAGGCGCUGGCUGCUGGAGGCUACGAUCGCAUCGCCGGCGAGGCCUCGCGCCUGGCGCACUACAACAAGCGCUCCACCAUCACGUCGCGGGAGAUCCAGACGGCCGUGCGGCUGCUGCUGCCUGGCGAGCUGGCCAAGCACGCCGUCUCCGAGGGCACCAAGGCUGUCACCAAGUACACCAGCUCCAACGCCUUCUUAAGCGCAGCAAGGGAGAGCCCCUUGCGCUCCUUGGAGGCGGACACGGCCUUGGUGAUGAGCUCGGUGACGCUGGGCCCCGCGGGCUUGCGGGCUUUGGGGCCGCCCGCCGCUUUUUUCGGCUUCUUGGCGGCGGGGGCCGGGGCGGCGGAGGCGGGGGCGGUCUCGGACAUGUCACCGACAGACCGAGCUUCGGCGGCGGCCGCGCCCCUUUUAUAG